CGCAUGAUCUGCUUAUGCAUAUGCCUAAUUUGCGGUGUAUACUUGUAUGUGACGAAGGCGUCAAUCAAUAGUAGAAAGAAGUGCACAAAUGCCAAAAGCAUUAGAUAGCCAAGCUCAAGUGGACGACGCUACCCUAAGAUAGAUGUGCAUUACGAUGACCCGCUAAGAUAACCUGACAAACAAAUACAUUCCAGACGUAGAGUUCAACAGCCAGGUGGCAUCUCUUCAAAAUGCCGCCGCUGCCAACGCUGUGGGAUCCUGCGGGGGCCGUGGACAAGUUGCCACAGCCCUUUCGCAUGAUCGACAAGAUUCUCGCCGACAUUGUCGAGCAAGUCGUGGACCUCAUCGGCAAACGAGAGCAGCAGCGAAAGCGAGAGGAGGCAGCCAAAGUCAACCUGACCUUCUCUCCACACGCUGUGAUGGAGGUGCCGCCCCAGACCACCGCAUUCCUGCCCGUCGGCAUUGCGGGUAUCGUGGCGAUCGCGCUGCCGGACGGCGAGCUGCGGGUGUACAGCGCCCGCGACCCGGGCAGCAGCUUCUCGGACCGCACCCACACCUCCCCCGUCACGGCGAUGGAGGCGGGUCUGGUGGUGACCACCAGCGGCCGGCUGCUGGCUGCCGCCUCGCGGGGCACCCUGUCGGUGCACGAGGUGGACAUCAAGACGUGCGAGAUGACGCUGCUGGUGUCGGUUCCGCUGCCGCUGGACGCGGACGACACCUCCUCGCCCACCCGCAUCCACUGGUCCGACAACCUCUGCCACCUGGCGGUGUGCCACGGCUCCGGAGCGCUGUCGCUGUACUGCGUGCGGCUGCCCACACCCACCGUCAACAUGGAGGGCGUGGGCGCCUUCGUAACGCUCACACUGAGCGCCUUUGGCACCACGCGGCUGGAGGAGCUGCUGCGCAUGUCGGCUAGCACUGUGAAAGCCUUCUGCCUGGGCAGCUCCCGAGUGGGCACCAGCAACCUGGUGUGGCAGAUGCAGCAGCGGCCCGACAAGAACCCGCACUCGGAUCGGUACCACAAGACCGCCCGCGGCGCCUACAUCUGGUGGGAGGGCGCCAACCGCCUGCUCCUCAUCAACUUCGAGGCGCUAGGAGGCCGCCAAUCCCCAUCCCAACUCAGCUCCCAGCAGCACCCCGCCCUGGACUCCGAGGCCUCCUCCGCCUCAGCCAAACCCAUCACCCCGGGGCUCAAAUCCACACACGCCUCGGGUCGACACGCCGCCGAAGCCGAGGCCUCCGGCUCUACCUCCGCCUCGGGGGAUUCCCCCUCCGCCCCCCCACGCGUGCCCGUGAUCGCACCUCUGGCGCGAGAUUGGAUCCUGCCGCACAACGUAACGGCUGCGGCUACCACCUCGGACCAUAAGACCAUGGCCUGGGGCCUAGCGGAUGGAUCCGUGGUGCUGUGGGAUGACCGGUCGUGCUGUGCGACCAAGGUGCUUCCCAGGUUAAAGGGCAGCAUCACGGCGCUUGCAUGGGUGAAUGGAGUGGCACACAAGCUCAUGUGCGCCAGCGCGGAGGGCAACAUAUUCAUCGCGGACAUCCUCAAACCGGAAGACAGCUCAGCCAAGCCGUACGAACUGCCGCAAGCCGUACACGAGAUCCAUUUCCUGCCGUACGAGGCCUUUGCGUUGUGCAUUUGCCGGGGGCGUACGUCCUCGGAAGGUGAGACGGCGGGGCCCGCCGGCGGAGCCGGCGGGGGUGGCGGCGCCGGCGGCGCCGCAGGCGCCGCCGGGGGCGGCGUCAGCCGCCCCCUCGGCCGCCAGGCUGCCAUGCGUCCCCGCAUCCUGUGGUACAACGUGCUCGAGGAGAAACCCGUGGCGGAGCUCACGGGGCCAGGCACAGCGGCGGGGCAGGCCUUUGGCCUCGCCUGCUGCGUGCCGCCGCCACCCCCUCGCGCUCCUCGACCCCAGCCUGCGGAAGGCACCCCCUCCAGCUCCACCAAGUCCAUGGCUACCGCCACGCGGAAAUCCCCUGCCGCUGGCGGCAAGGGCUCAGCCGGGGGCGCAGCCCCCGGCAACCUCUCCAGUACCUCCAACGCCCGCCAGGCUGUCCUCACCACCCUGGCUGCCAUGGGCGCCAACAUGGCUCAGGGGCCCAAGCUGGUCCCGGUCCGCACCCCGCUGCCGCCGGGCCGCGUGGUGAACUACCCCGCCACCGCGGUGCGGGACACCUACCUGGUGGUGGGAGGUGAUGUGGUGGAUAAGCUGGUGUACAGCAACUUUGCGGAUGAGGACGACGUGCCGCAGCGAGUGACGCAGCUGUACAUGUUCAAGGUGGAUGCGCUGGUACGGCACCUGCUGCCGGAUGACGAGGCGCACUCGCGGCUGGGGCGGGUGGUGCUGGACCGGCUGCUGGCGGAUCUGGAGGCGCCCAAAACGAAUAAGAAGAAAGGCAAGCGCGUCAAGAUGGAGCUGGAGGACACGGACGCGCCCAAGCUCACCUCCUCCAUGCGCAAACCCGACCCCUUCGACGAGGGCGAGUCCUCCACCUCGAAAAAGUCCGGCCGCGCUGCCAAGCCCGACCGCCACAUUACCUUUGGUCGCGACACGGAGGGUGUGUUUGAUGAAAACGGUGAGGCCUCGGGCAACAGCAGCGGUGGCGGCAGCAGCAGCGGAGGGGGAGGCGGCGGAGGCGGAGGCGCGGCUGAGAAGAAGAAGCCGCCCAAGGAGGUCAAGGUGUACCCCAAGGAGACCAAGAAGGGGCUCAAGCUGGCUCCCUUGGACACCGCGGCGGCCACCAAGGACCGGCGGGGCCUGGACGGCAAGCCCCGCCUGGCUCCCCUGGGUCUGGAGAAGGCCAAGGAGUCCCCCCCUCCCUUCGCCGAGCGCAGCCAGUCGCCCCCCUGGCACCACACCAAUCCCCUGGCGCGCAUCCACCCCGACUGGGAGGAGGCGCCGGUGCUGGUGCGCAUCAUGGAGCGGAUCGGGUCCAAGGGCGGCGGUCGCAAGCGGCGAGACAAGCGCAUGGAUGCGCUGCAGAAUGAGCUGAUGGCCAAGUAUAGCAAGGAGGCGGGCGCCAAACCCAACCUGUUUGUGCCCCCGUGAGGAGCGGGAGGAGGAGGUGCGGGAGGAGGAGGAGCAGGGGUUUGUGGAGGGAGGGAGGGGCUGUGGGUCGGAAUGGGCGGGGUAAAGAGGAAACAACUAACUGACUGAGGGAUAAGGCGUCAACAUGGGUUGCAACAUGUGAGCCAGCCCGACCCGCCCAGCCCGAAUUAGCGAAGCCAGUACGUGGAAUGGGCGGGAGGUGGCGACGGUUGUGAUGCAUGUUUGUGCUGCGGUGGGGUGCAUGGUGACAUGUGGGGGUAACAAAUGAGUGAUGUACUAAUGUUGUGGUGGUGAGCAUUGGGCCGUGUCUCGGUUGCCUUGGAGGCUUUCCGUACUUAGGGGGGUGGGGAAGCAGAGGUGCUGGGAGUGGGUAUGAUGAGCGUGAGUGGAGAGGAGAGUGGUGACUGGACACGAGAGAGAACUGAGAACUGAGACUUGUGGCGGAGGAAAGGUGGAAACGCAGGUUGUGGAAAAUAUCGGCAUGUGCUGGUGUUUGGCUUUGGCGUGCCGGUAAUGGUCGUAUGGCUGGGGGCAUUGGGGUGCUGGUGUGGGAGGCCGGCUGUGGGACGAGUCUCAUGGACCCAAGCAGCGUGCAGUCCAUUUCGCCUCCGUCGUUGUGUCAGCAGCAUCCCUCCGAUGGGGAGCAUGUAAACAUAGGAA